CCGCCUAUCACUUUUUCGUCUCUUCGAUCCUGCUUUUCAUCCUCCUCGACCCCCUUCUUCUUUUGCCCGCUUGCUAGGGUUAGGGUUUGGGUGCUGGCGAUCUCCCUGUAGCCGCGAUAACGGCGAUGGCGUCGGCUGCUUCGACUACGCCGAACUCGUCGGCGGUGGAGGCGGGCUUCGCGGAGCUGGAUCGUCAACGGGAGCUGAUCAGCAGUUGCACUGCCCUCUGGAAGGAGCUCUCGGACCACUUCUCCUCCCUCGAGCGAAGCCUCGAGCUCAGGUCCGAGUCCCUCCACUCCAAGCGCCGCACCCUCGACUUCCACACCCAGCGUAAACUCGCCUCUCUCCACCGCCGAGAGGAGUCAAUCGACGGCUCCGUCGACCUCGCCAUCGCUCGUGUAGAAGAACUCCGAGCCGCUUCUUUAUCUUCUCUUUCCUCAGCCGACGCAGCCGAACUCACAGCCCGUCUCCGUACCUUUUGCUCUAAGAUGGACUCCGACUCAUUCUUUGACCUUAUUGUCUCCAGUAGGAAGGAAUCAGAUCUCCUACGCAAGGAGAUACCUCUUGUUCUUAAAGAGUCCAUUGAUCCUGCAAAAUUUGUUAUGGAUGCGAUUGCUAGGAUCUUCCCUGUGGAUCGGCGAGCUGUGAGGUCGCCUCCGGGGGAUUUGGGGUGGGUCUGUGUGUUGCUGCUGGAGGGCUUGGUGUCUGCGUUGGCUGAUCCGGAGCUAGGGGCAGAGAGGUCGCUGGUGACGAGAAUUGUGAAAGAGAGAGCCAAGGAGAUGGCGGAUGCAUGGAAGGAUGAGAUGGAGCAGCGUGGUGGUGUGGAGAAUGCCAAGGCUCAGGAUGUGCAUGCUUUCCUGCAGCACCUGGUGACGUUUGAUAUUGGAGUGAAGGAAGAAAGGGAGUUUUAUAGGAAGUUGGUGGUGAGCAUUUCGUGGAGAAAGCAAAUGCCAAAGCUUGCUAUGGCACUGGGGCUGGAGGAUAAGAUGAGCGAUAUUGUUGAAGAGUUAAUUCUAAAGGGACAGCAGCUAGAUGCAAUAAAUUUUGCCUAUGAAUCUGGACUUCAGGACAAGUAUCCCCCUGUUCCUCUAUUGAAAUCCUUCCUGAAGGAUGCCAAGAAGGCUGCUGCUUUGAUCUCAGAGGAGCGAAACAACACUGUCCAAGCUGCAAACAAUACCAGCCGCAAGGAACAAUCGGCGAUCCGAGCUGUUAUGAAGUGCAUUGAGGAGCACAAGCUUGAAGCUGAAUUUCCACUAGAAAACCUCCUGAAGAGGCUAGAAAAUCUGGAGAAGGCAAAGGCCGAGAAGAGAAAGACAUCUGGUGGUCCGGCCAACAAGCGCACACGUGCCAAUAAUGGCGGCCCAAUGCCUCCGGCGAAAGCAGGCCGUCUCACAAACAAUGCCUAUGUUUCAUCAUUUCCUGCUCCUGCCCCCACAUUUGUGAGGUCACCCUCACACAACACAUACUCUUCUGCUCCAUUUUCCCCAUACCCUUAUGAAAGGACCGCAUGCCAUGGCUUCUAUGGCAGUCACAGCCCUACAGCCAUGAGAGAUCCUUAUGCUUACCCGGCUGAAGAGAUGGUUGCCGCCGCCGCCGCCGCAAUCAGUGCUCCCUAUCCAUCUCCUCCCAUCAGCUAUCCUACCUACGCAGGUUAUAGCAGCGGAAUGGGAGCUUACAGCAAUGGCAUUCCUCCUGUGUAUCAGCAAGCUUAUUAUCGGUAGAGAAAGUUUCUCUUAACUUCCCAAAGUGCUUACAACGCUGGUAACCCUAAACGACCAAUACUGCUUAUUUUGUAGGGACUAAUUACAAUGGUAGGAUUUGCUUGUGUGCUUAUCAGUAGUUGAAUUUGUUGCUCGUCUUUAGGCUGAACUUUGAAUUGUGCCUUCCUUUCCUUUCCUUUCAUGCAUGUAAAAAUGUCUACUGCAGUUUAUCUGUCUGUUACUUCUAUCUUUAAAGUUUAUUAGCUGCCUGAUGAAUGAUUAUGUACAGCUAAUUAAGCUCUCUCUUUUAUCAUCCAUGAUAUCACUAGCAUUUUGUA